GUAGGACUCUCGGACGAAAAUGGAGGUGUCGAACCGGUGGGUUUCUCACUAUACAAAGUCUUUAAGGGCCUCUCUCACUCUCUCUUCGUCUUCAUUUACAAGGCUUGUGCCGUAGGUUUCAGAGUUAAAGGAGAGAGAAAAUGGAGACUUUCCUCUUUACAUCCGAAUCUGUGAACGAGGGGCACCCUGACAAACUCUGCGACCAAAUCUCUGAUGCUGUCCUCGAUGCCUGCCUUGAGCAGGACCCUGAUUCCAAGGUCGCCUGCGAGACCUGCACCAAGACCAACAUGGUCAUGGUCUUUGGUGAAAUCACCACAAAGGGCAAUAUUGACUAUGAGAAAAUCGUCCGCGACACCUGCCGCACCAUUGGCUUUGUCUCUGAUGAUGUCGGCCUUGACGCUGAUCACUGCAAGGUCCUUGUCAACAUCGAGCAACAGAGCCCUGAUAUUGCCCAGGGUGUCCACGGCCACCUUACCAAGAGGCCUGAGGAGAUUGGUGCCGGCGACCAGGGCCACAUGUUUGGAUAUGCAACUGACGAGACCCCGGAGCUCAUGCCACUGAGCCAUGUGCUAGCCACCAAGCUGGGCGCUCGGCUCACCGAGGUACGAAAGAACGGGACCUGCCCAUGGCUGCGCCCUGAUGGCAAGACCCAAGUGACUGUUGAAUACUUCAAUGAUGGCGGAGCCAUGGUACCUGUUCGUGUUCACACUGUGCUGAUCUCGACCCAACACGAUGAGACUGUGACCAAUGAUGAGAUUGCAGCUGACCUCAAGGAGCAUGUGAUCAAGCCUGUGGUUCCUGCCAAGUACCUUGACGAGAAGACCAUCUUCCACCUCAACCCGUCUGGCCGCUUUGUGAUCGGGGGUCCGCACGGGGAUGCUGGGCUCACCGGCCGCAAGAUCAUUAUUGACACCUAUGGUGGUUGGGGUGCCCAUGGAGGGGGUGCCUUCUCAGGCAAGGACCCCACCAAGGUUGAUAGGAGCGGGGCCUACAUUGUUCGCCAGGCUGCCAAGAGUGUUGUGGCUUCAGGUUUGGCUCGUAGGUGCAUUGUGCAGGUCUCAUACGCCAUUGGUGUCCCCGAGCCACUCUCCGUUUUUGUGGACACCUAUGGAACUGGCCUGAUCCCUGAUAAGGAUAUAUUGAAGAUUGUGAAGGAGAACUUCGACUUCAGGCCUGGAAUGAUUGCUAUCGACCUCGACCUCAAGAGAGGAGGUAAUGGGAGGUUCCUUAAGACUGCAGCCUACGGUCACUUUGGUCGGGAUGACCCUGACUUCACUUGGGAGGUUGUAAAGCCACUCAAGUGGGAGAAGCCAGCCGCUACAACCACCGCAUAAUUGAAACAUGAGAUCUUCAUCCAUCGAUUCGACCCUUUAUGUUCCGAGCUGACGGCCAAUAAGAUGCCGAAUUCUACUAUUAUUUCUACUGGUUGUUAUAAGUGUUUGUAUGAAUUAUGGUGGUUCUUUUUUUUUUUUUUUGGUUGCCUUCCUUUGGUGGUUUAUUAGCUGUUUUUGUUUUUAAGGGUUGGGAGCAUAAAGUAUUUGUGGACUGGUAUUUGGAAGCGAAAGACUGUAAUUCUUUGACUCGGAAUUUCUCUAUGAUCAACCCCAUCUAUAAAACCUUGGUGACUUUUCAAGG